CCGUGGACAUGAGUCUACCGCGGUUGCUGCUGCUCGAGGUGCUCGUCGAGUUCACAUUCAUCUUCAUCGGCUCGGUGUCCCUCGCCAUAGUCGCCGCAUGUGAGGGACAAGAUCUCGACUCGGACCUGCUGUCGGCCAAGCUGAUGUUGAGUCUCACCACCGUGCGCAUCAGCUCUGACGCCAUCUUUGGAUGGGCGGAGCGGACCCCGAGCACAAAGCCCGAAAUCGCCGUGCUCGCGGUUCUCGGGUGGGCGCAUUGGCUGCUCCUCAGCGUUGCGGGAGCCAUCAUCGUCGCCAGGGCGCUGAGGCCGCUGCAGCAGGUGGCGUUUGCCCCGGACUGCGCGAUGAACGACAAGGAGCUGUCGAUCAGGAUGAUUCUCGUCCGCAAGUCGGUGGCGAUAUACGACGUGCAGGUAAAGAUGAUGUGUACUAUUGGUGGAAACAGGUACCACCUUCCCCUGGCCAGGGGACUGACCUCUUACGACCACAUGUGGCAAGUUCCCAUGACUUUUAAGCACGACAUCACCGCCGAAGACUCCCCGCUACAUGGCCUGGAAUUCGCAAAGGUUUCGUCCGUCAGCGUCUCUGUGAGCGCCACGGACAACGCUGGCAAUCCCGUGAUGGCGCACGCGAUGUACUACAACCCCACGGCGUGGCUGACCGGCAGGCCAGAGUUUCAAGGCACGUUCACCAAUGGCCCGCCUUACCCGCGGGUUCUCCGAGGCAAUUACGCCGAUCAAAUUCGCAUCUUCAGGCUUCCGAAUACUGAAGCUUCGUAUGAGGGGUCGUCGGCGACGCCGGCGUGGCUCUACAACAUGGACAACUUUCACGUCGUCAACCCGCUGGAGGAAAAGGAGGAUGAGUCGGUGUGAAGCGAUGCAGCACGGUCUAGAAUCUUAGUAGAUUUUGUCCAGAAAAAAUAAGUGUCAGCUGACGUU